GUUUAAUAAAUUACAAAUUAUUUUUAUUAGUUUUGUAUGUUUUUGGGCCAAAAGUGUCACAAACGGCGAGUUUUUAACACUCGAUGGCACCGAUUGGUUGGCAAUCAAUCAAAACAAAUAUACGUUAUAAUAAUGUUAAUUAAUAUUACCACCAUGGUUAUAACAGCGAUUCAGGUGAAAGCCCGAGUGCCGGGAAGUAUAUACUCAGACCUGAGACGUGAGGGCGUACUUAAGGAGUCCUUACUGUCCGGCGAUAAUGACCUGAAGUAUCGGUGGGUUUCGUACGACAACUGGACUUUUGAGCGAACAUUCAAUGUUGAUGAGAAAAUAUUGAGCAAACAAUACGUGUAUUUGUUGGCCAACGGUAUCGACACUGUCAGCGAAGUUACCGUAAAUGGCCGACUGAUAGGCCGUACAGACAAUCAGUUUAUACGGUAUAAGUGGGACGUAAAACACGUGUUAAAAGUGGGCCAAAACACGGUUCGUGUGUCCAUACAGUCGGCGCCGUUGUAUUCAAUGCAAAAGUCUAAAGAAUACAAAGAGAAAUACAAAUAUGAAGUUUACCCAUGUACCAAAACAGAUAAUAAUGAGUGUAAUUAUGAUUUCAUCCGAAAAAUGGCCGCAUCUUAUAGUUGGGAUUGG